GGGGAUGCUCAACAUCUCCACACUAGGCUACAUUAAUUCUCAUGGUCUCACAUUCAAAGCGAAUAUUGCUACUUUUAAAGUCGUUUAAAAAAAAAUCUGAGGUAGAUGUGUUUGUACUUUACAGUGUUAGUCCUGUAGAGAGUGGUAGUCCUGUAGAGAGCGGUAGAUAGCCAGUUUUAUUAAAUUGUUUUAUGCGGGCCCAGAGCUUUGCAUUGGCCCAGAGCAGUGUGCGCCCCAUACUGUACAUAUGCGGAGGGAGGAGCAAUAGUAUAUCUCUUGAUUCCAUUUCCCUGUCGUGGCAGCCUACCGAAACGUUACUGGAGCACAUUUUUACACACACCUCAUGGGGAAUCCCAAAUAACGAGCACCUUGUGACUUUGUUUAAGUGCAAAUUAGGAACCGCACGAGACGUUUUGACGGCAAGCGGCGCUUUGCAGAGGAAUUUUUUAAAAUAGGAAAGCCCGGUACUGUGCAGUUGCAUACCCUACCACUCCACUUGCGCUUUAUACGGGGAGGCUUUGACUUUUUCAUCCUCGUUUCAGUCUCAAAACAACCGUAUUCCUGUCCAAAACAGUAGAAGAACCUGACGGAACAACAGGAAUUUGUGCCUGAGGCAGAUGUGGUACCGACUCGAGUUUCGCCAUCAGGUCGAAGACAAGACGGUGUCGCCUCUCCUGGUCAGUCUCACCGGAGGAAAAGAAGGAGAGAGCAGGGGUCGUGAGAGGCGGACCCUCUGCUAAUCUCUCCCUCCCUCUGCUGAGACUAAUACCUUGUUCAAGACAACUGGGAACUCGGAAAUCUCUGACUUCAGUGUGUUCAAGACAACUGGGAACUCGGAAAUCUCCGACUUCAGUGUGUUCAAGACAACUGGGAACUCGCAGGGCGGAGGCCGACGGUCCCACAGAACAAACUACAGGCCUGGGGAUAUCAUUAACCUCCACACACAACAGGAUACUGAUCUUGUCCGGUCCAAUCCAUUCGUCAGUCCCAGGGUCAGCACAGGGGGGUCGCUCCGGAGGCCAGAGCCCGCCCGGACCGGGACCCUGUGAUGUCGCACUGACUGACCCCCCUACCUGCGAAUGACCAGCGAGCGUUCGAGGGUGGGGCCCGCCUCAGUCUCGCAUGAUUGGCUGUUGGAUGGAAUUAAGGUGAAUGGAACACAUGCCCAAGGAGCAGGACCCUAACCUAUCAGAGGGAGAAGAGAAACGGUGGAUCGAUGGCCCGAAAAGGAAAAGAAAGAGCAGCUCAUGUUCGGUGAAGAGCAUGUCUGAAAUGAAGGGAUACGGACAGACUGGGUCAGAGAAUACAGGGUACAUCCCCAGCUACCUGGAAAAGGAUGAACCGUGUGUGGUGUGUGGAGACAAGGCCACUGGCUACCAUUACCGCUGCAUCACCUGUGAGGGCUGCAAGGGUUUCUUUCGGCGGACAAUUCAGAAGAAUCUCCACCCCGCCUACUCCUGUAAGUACGAUGGCUGCUGCAUCAUCGACAAGAUCACCCGCAACCAGUGCCAGCUGUGCCGCUUCAAGAAGUGCAUCGCAGUGGGCAUGGCCAUGGACCUUGUCCUGGACGACUCCAAGCGGGUGGCCAAGCGGCGUCUGAUCGAGGAGAACCGGGAGAAGAGGAAGAAGGAGGAGAUGGUGAAGACCCUGCAGAACCGGCCGGAGCCCACCGGCUCGGAGUGGGAGCUGAUCCGCAUGCUGACCGAGGCCCACCGCCACACCAACGCACAGGGCUCCCACUGGAAACAGAAACGCAAGUUCCUGCCGGAGGACAUAGGUCAGUCUCCGGUGGCCCCCACGUCGGACGGAGACAAGGUGGACCUGGAGGCCUUCAGUGAGUUUACCAAGAUUAUCACCCCUGCCAUCACCCGCGUCGUCGACUUUGCCAAAAAACUGCCCAUGUUCUCGGAGCUGCCUUGUGAGGACCAGAUCAUCCUAUUGAAAGGCUGCUGUAUGGAGAUCAUGUCACUGCGCGCCGCCGUGCGCUACGACCCAGAGAGCGAGACGCUGACCCUUAGCGGCGAGAUGGCGGUCAAGCGGGAGCAGUUGAAGAACGGCGGCCUGGGCGUGGUGUCGGACGCCAUCUUCGACCUGGGCAAGAGCCUGGCGCAGUUCAACCUGGACGACACGGAGGUGGCGCUGCUGCAGGCCGUGCUGCUCAUGAGCUCAGACCGCUCGGGCCUGACGAACAUUGACAAGAUCGAGAAAUGCCAGGAGACCUACCUGCUGGCGUUUGAACACUACAUCAACUACCGCAAGCACAACAUUCCCCACUUCUGGCCCAAGCUGCUGAUGAAGGUGACGGACCUGCGCAUGAUCGGGGCGUGCCACGCCAGCCGCUUCCUCCACAUGAAGGUGGAGUGUCCGACGGAACUUUUCCCCCCGCUCUUCCUAGAGGUCUUCGAGGACCAGGAAGUGUGAGUGGCGCCCCCCGCUGCCGAGGAGGAAGUAGUGGGGCGACUUGAGGCAUCUUGGGAAAGGAAGGGAUGUUUUUCUGAAGCUGGGAAGGAUUUUGGCAGGACUUGUGUUUUUCCGACAUUUACGUGGUAAACAACAAACAACGCAACCAGCAGCAGGAGUCAAACAAACAGGAUUUUCAUUUUUUUAACCAACCACCUCUUCAUACCUGUUUUUGGGAAUCAGUUUGGCGGCCCUCCCUGUCUGAGCACGAUGUUUUAUCCAGUGGGAGUUGCAGCCCUUUGCCAAGGCGAACACACACAGACACACACACUCUGGCUCCCCUCUCAGAGCCCUAUUGGAGGCACCUUAGUUGUCACACAUUGCCACUAGAUGGUGGUCUUUGCAGGUUUGCACCGUUUUGAAUUUAUGGCAACCAUCUUUUAAAACUGGUCAGUUAAUUAUACUCCCCGAAUUAGUGUAAGACAAUAAUUCAGGAGAUACGUCACUGACAACACGCCGGGACACACACAGAGGUACUGAGUGUGCCAUAUAACUCCUACCAUAGAGCAAAGCUACUAGUACCUACAAUCACGGCUGAACACAACAGCCAUUUUCAGACUGGACCGUGAGCAUGUUUUUAACCAAGUCAGGUGCUGUGUUAUAAGGCUACUCCAGUUGUCUGAAAUGUGUAAAUGUGUAAAACUACAGACCAUGGCUCCGUAUCUACCUUUGGUUCUGUCAUUAGGCAAGCGCCUGUGACUGGCGCUCUCUCAAACCCACACACACUGGGCAGACCUGCCUUGUCAUUGCCUGUGCUUCUGGUGCCAACAGUAGACCCUCUCAUGAAUGACAAUUGAGCCCUUUUCUCUCCAAGGAAGGUCAUAACAGUGAACAAAAGAGAGAAAGAAGGAGAGGCGCCACUGGCAGGAGUUCUCAGAGGAUGGGGGGAGAGAGGGGAGAGAGGGAAAAAUAGAGAUUUAAUUCAGUGCCUGGAGACUGAACAGCAUCCUGAAUAACACACACACACACACACACACACACACACACACACACACACACACACACACACACACACACACACACACACACACACACACACACACACACACACACACACACACACACACACACCUACCCUCAGAAACGCAAAGCCUUAUUUACUGUAAACACUGCUGUGCUGUAGCCCUGACCUGCAGGGUAAGUAAGUCUGAAUCCGCGCCUGUGUGACUCAGCUCAGUAUGGCCCCUCCAGGCUUCCAUACUCAGUCGUUGUUACUGUAGGGGUCACUGAGAAAGGGCAAGGCCAAUGACGGCUGCCAUUUACCUCAAAGUGGGCACACCCUCAAGGCUGGGGCGCCGCCAGGCUCUACCUCACCUCUGGACACAGGGCAGCUGCCCCCAGCCUCCUCCCACACACACACACACACACACACAUACACUUUUAGGGAUACUCAAAAAACACACAUAGGCAUGUGUGCAUACGUACAUUAAGACAAAUCACACAAACACAGGAUACACAUUCUCAGUGUUAUCACUCAGACAAAAGGAAAUACCACUGAAGACAGGAGGGCCUGCCUUUCCCUACGGUCACUUAUCUAUUUUUCGGGGGAGGGGAGGAUGGUAACCAUUAUGUUCAGCUUUUCUCUUUUUUGUUAUGUGGGACCAAGUUUCUCAAUUUGGAAUUUGGAAUCACUCUUUUUUUCUGUUGAAACGGAAGCAAAUAAAUCACGUGACGGAGUACAAUGGACAGUCCAGCUGUCGCCCUGGAAGAGGAGCGAUACACCGUGAGGAAGCGUAGAACCCCAAGGUGGCCAGGCCGUAACUGGCUGUGUUUACCACUGUUUUUGAGGGAAAAAAGUUCAAAUACAACCUAUUUUUAUUGAAUGCCAAGCAGUAGUUUUUGAACGAGUGAACAAGGCGGAGGGAGGGAUGAAUGGACAGAUGGGUUUCAGCACCCCGGGAGGAUGUGGAUGAACGCCUAAAGACGCGGAGCGAUGGGCGGGAUCGGGAUGGCGGGUACUCAAAGCAGAUGGCCAAGCGUCGCUGCCUCGACCUCAACCGCCGUAGGAGGAGUCCAAACUCAACCUCAACCGCCGGAGGAGGAGUCCAAACUCAACCUCAACCGCUGGAGGAGGAGUCAACCAAGAAAUCCACUGUAAGCAGACCUCAGACCGCUCUGGUGGAGCAGCCAGAAUCACCUCCCACCGUGCCCCACCCUCCCACUCCACUAGUCUCCCCACCCCCGGCCCUGGCCCAAGCCACGCUGGUCGGGGUUUUGCACUACUGCAGUGGUCCAAACCCCUCUCCCCACACUCAUCAGCAACUAUACAACCUAGCCCCAACUCAUCUGUCAGUCAUGCAACUUCCUCUGGGAGUCCCGGCCUACUCUAAUGGAGGCCCACUGGGAAGGGGCUCCCAACAAACCCCGUCACAUUGUCAGUAUUAAAUCAACAGCCUUCCUCCAACCCUCACCCACUGGGCAGGAGACGUCCCUGGACACCAAACGGAAUCUAGGCCUCUCCCUUGUGAGACAAGGAUGGCCAUAGCAGCUCACUUGGGGGGGCGUCGCCGAAUGAAUGUGAACAGUGAAGCAGCAGUGGGAGCGAGUGAACAAGAGAGUAGGAGAGAGCGAAGGGAGCGGGACAGAGAGACUUCCUUCCAUCCUUCAUCUGGCAUGGGUUAGAGGGGGAUCGUCGCCUGUUGUCGAAGCACCGUUUGUGAGCUUGGAGAAGGGGGAGAUGGCAGUAUAUCAGAUGUUCUCCCCCUUUACUCCCGCAUUGUAACAUUUAAUCCCCCCCUCAUUUCCACAAAUAUCCCCUUCAGCUUUCCAUAAGGAGAGCCACCAACUUUCAAAUGGAGACGAUCGGCAAGAGAAACAGAAUCGGCACUCAAUGGAUUAAAGUCCAAGCUUCUUUGAAAAAGAACCAAUAACAGAAAAAAAGUUAUCGCAAUAGUGAUGUCCUUCAUUCUCGUGAGACGAUUGGGUAUGUGUGUGUGACAAUAGUGGUUGAAAUGCUGCUUUACCUUCUGAGGAUUUUUUUUUUGGGGGGGGGGAGUAUAUGAUUAUGAAAGGAUUAUGAACCCAGAAAAGCGAAAUGAGGAAAAAUAUGACUUUAAAAAGACUCCUGAACAAAAGUUAAACGCUUGGAGAUUAAGCGGUUUCUUUCUCUACAUUUUAUCUCAAUGUUCAUUUUUGUUGGUGUUUGUUUAUGACGCUUAGACUGCUCUGUGUAAAACGGGAAAAAGAACAGCCGUAGUCACUUUUUGACGAUGCGUGCAGUGUAACGUAGACAGAAAUGUCACUUAUUUUUCGCGUCACCUAUAGUUUGUGUUGACUUCUCUGUUGUCUGUGUAUUUGUCCGAUUGUCCGUCCCUUUUAUCAAGAGGAAUUUACAACAAACAAAAACAGGAAUAUUUUCUUUUUAUAUAUAUGUUGUUUCCUUUUUUUAUGAAAGACGACUGAAAAAAAAAAUCACAAACAGGAAAAAUAAUGCAACCCAAAAAAAAAAAAAAAUGAAACACAAUCUUCUCAUACCUCACACAACACAAAACUCAAAUGAACUUGGGAGGAGUGAUAAUUCACGGGCGCAUGUGGAAGUGAGCAAAAAGAUAUGUGCAGUGAUUACAGAAGACUUACACUCAAGCCUUUGCGCUUGCUACCUAUUAAAUUGGUUCUAGGAGGAUUGUGGAUAGGAUACCUAACAUUAGUAAAGUCUUGCAUCAUCAUCAGAUGCUGAAAUGGAUUGCUGGCUGGCAGUUGGCCACUCCCAGAUAUAUCCAUGACCAUAGAUAGUGAAGCCAAAUGUGAAUGGCCCAGAGCUUGGGGGAAGUCUUUUGUAAUGGCUGAGUGCUCUAUGGUAUUGAAUGUAGCUGACAGGCCGGGGUUGGAUUGGAGCCCAGCACCCACAACCUCACUUCCGCUCACCAGCAGAACGGAUGGUGGUGUCACAUUGAUGUUACACACAAACAAACUGAGAAUAUUGCCCAUCUGCAAGGUGCAAUACUUUUUCACCCCCCCAAAAACUAUGUUUCUGUUUUAUUUUUAUUUUGUUUGAUUUUGGCCAUAACCAAGGAUGUAAAUAUAGAAAAUGAAAUAUGAAAAGCCAGUAUAUGUAAAAUCAUAUGCAACACUCACAAACUGGAUGUUGAGGCUUGAGCACUUUCUUGCCACCUCCUGCAUCCCGCCAUCUUGUAGAGUAAGCAAAAAAAAAAUGCAACGUAUAUUAGUGCUUCAUACAUCUGUGUGUGUGCUUGUGUGUGCACUCUCACAUGUCAACCCAUAUUCAAAAUUACCCCAUGAUUUUAUUAAUCUGACCCUGUGCCUCUUGUUCUUAGAAAAGAGAUAGCUAGCCAUCCCUACAGUAUGUCCUGGCAACAAAUCUUAACGCUUUCAUGGCUACAAUGUGUGUCUACCUACAACAGACUGGUCUCUCCAGGUUAGUGGGUAGUAGCCACAGUAGGCAGAGGAUGUGAAGGUGUAGUGGAUAUUGUCGUGGGGGGGG